AUGUGUUCGAUUCCUGGGCUUCCAACACCUGGAUCAGAUGUACCUGUUCUCAUCACAAGGGUAAACCCAAACCCUAAUUGUGGUCUUGUUGAACUAUGGGUCCACAUGGGUGAUGGAGGGAAGCAUGUUUAUGAGAAACUGAAAGAGGAAAUUCAGAUUCCUAAGGGGAAGUUUUGUGGAUCAGAAGGAAAACCAGGGGACCUUUGUCUGGUCUGCAUCAGUGACACCUGGCAUAGAGCUCGAAUUUUAUCGAUUCAAAGUGAAACCUUCAAUGUUUUUCUUAUUGACCAGGGACAGCACCAUAGCACCACCAGUGAAGCUUUGGCAUGGGGCCAGAGUGACAGUUUUCUCCUUCCUCCUGAAAUUGAAUCUUGCAUACUCGCAAAUGUUAUCUCCCUUGAGAAUAUUUGGCCUGAAAAAGCCACAACGUUUUUGAAGUCUCUACCUGGCAAGAAGUUUAAGGGGCUGGUUCAACAUGUGCUGAUGCCAGACAGGAUAAUCCUCCUUGACAUACCAGUUGUUUCCAAUCACAUAUGUAAGUUUGGGAUCGCAAAGAAGAUUCCAGUGGAAGAAUUUAAAUGCCUUGUACUUAAAUGUCUACAUUUACCCAAAGGAGAUGCUUCUGAGGCCUGCCAUGUAACACAGGAACAGAGUCUGAAUGUCAUGCUUGAGAAACAUGACCAAUACUUGUACCCAGAGCUGCUAACUGACACAUUUGAAACUGUUACUGUGACGGAGGUUGUUGAUCCACAGAAAUUUUUUUGCAAACUUCACAUUUUUUCCAAGACAGUGAAAAUAUUAUCAGAACAAAUCCACCAGCACUAUGAAGAGACUUCAGAUUUUGGAGAGGCACAACCACAGACCAACGGGGAUCCAUGUGCUGCUAAAGGAUCAAAUGGCAGAUGGUGUCGCUCGUUACUAAAGCAAAACAUUGUGACUAGCGAUGCUGUAGAAGCUGUAGAAGUCUUGCAUGUAGACGAAGGAAAAACGGAAAGUGUCCCAGUUGGAGACAUCAAACCACUGCUUGGAAAAUUCCUGAGAAUGCCAGUUGUCACAUAUCUCUGUUCUCUAGAUGGAGUGAAUGAUAAUGGCACAGGAUGGACUACAAACCAGACUGAUUACUUGAAAUCACUACUCCUGAAUGAGACAGUUGUGGCUGGCUUUAACCACCACAGUAAACCUCAAGAUGUCUAUUCUGUCACUCUUUAUGCUGCUAAUGCUGAAUGCAUAAACAACUGCUUUUUAGUGAACGCAGAAUCUUUUCCACCUUGUAAGACUGAACAAGACUCAAAUGUCCAGAAUCACUCCAUUCCCUCAUCAUGUCUCAGUUCAUUUGUAGAUGAACUGUGUGUGGAUUUGCAGAACACAGUCAGUUUAAAUGUUGAUGCUUUAGAGGAAACCAUGCCAAGUACCAAGAACACACCAGUUAAUGGCGGGGAAGAUGAGACACAGACUUCUGGCCCCACUGCUCACCCUCUCAAAGUUAACUCUGAACAUCCAGACCCUCUAAUACAUGAAAAUGGGCAUCUUUCAACUUGUUGCUCCUCUGAGGUGCAAGAUGCUCAUCGUGAUAUGUUUACUGAAAGAAGUUCUGCCAAUGUAAAAGUGUCUUGCAUUCAAAAGCUACAGAAGAUCUGGUGUCAAGCAACUGAAAAUGCUGACUCUCUUAGUCUCCUUAUGGAAAAUCUGCAAACCCACUAUGCCUCUGCCCAACUUCAGCCACUUGUUCAGUCCAUCUGUGUUGCCCGUAAUCCAGAAACGGGCAUGUGGUGUAGAGCGAGGAUCAUUGCAAGUCACCACUCCCCAGUAGUAGAUGUUAAAUUUAUAGAUUAUGAUCAAACUGAAAAGGUCCCUCUGCGAGAUGUGUACCCCAUUGACCCAGCUUUCUUAGAUGGAGUCAAUGGGCUUUUUCAGUGUUGCCUAUUCAAUCUGAAGAAUGGUACUAAUUCCAAUGUUGUAACUUCAGGUGCCUCUUCAAACGGUGUAUUGAAAAGUAAUUUAAAGGCCAGAACAUCUAAUGAAGAAAGCCCAUCCCUGUCCCAGAAAUGUUCACAGGUUGAAAGUCAAGUCCUUUCCCUGGUCCCAUCAAAUGCAUAUAAUUAUUCCACACAUGAUAUUGAGGUGGGUGGAAAAGAAAAAGUGUGCAUUACCUCUUCAGAGAAUGUAAAUCACUUCUACUGCCAGCUAGACAGGAACUCUCACUUGCUUGACAAAGUGAUGGAAAAUGUUAAGCAACUAAUUUGCCAGCCACAGUGCACAGAUUGCCAACUUGGACUCAACAGUGUUUGCUUAGCUAGGUACACUGAUAAUCAGUGGUACAGAGGGCAAGUAAUAGAAAUGUCACCCAAACUUAAAGUACACUUUGUGGACUAUGGAGAUACCCUUGCAGUGAGUGAAUCUGAUAUCUGUGCUUUUUCCUCUGAAGCAUGCAUUGCCAUGUCUGUUCCUGUGCAGGCUGUUCCACUUGGACUGUUUGAUGUCCCAGCUGCAGUACCACAGGAAGUCAACCAGUGGUUUGAAGAUAAUGCCAUUGGCCGUAAUUUUACCAUUUCAGUAGUAGCUAAAGGGGAAAGAGGUAAACUAAUUGUUGAACUCUUUGAGGGUUCCUUGAAUGUAAAUGGGAAAGUCAGAGAGUGCAUAGCAAAGAUGAAACAGAAGACAAAUGGCCGAGUUAAGCAGACUGACCAGCAGUGCUGUAAAGGCUCACAACAGGCCAGUGCACCAGGUGUAGACGAGCUCACGAAUGUGCCACCAUUAGAGGAUAUGACAGAAAAAAGUAAAGUCUGUAGCAAUGGAAUUUGUUCCAGUGAUGAGCUAAAGAUGGAUUCACAAUCCACAAAUCUUAUCUCCAUACCAAAGGUUGAACAUGGAAGGACUUUGGAUGAAGGAAGAAAACCAACUUUGGAUGUCAAGGACAAAAAAGAAACCAUGGUGGCACAGACAUUCAUACAAGGUCUCCAAACAGACUCAGAAAUGGCACAACUUUGCCUUCCUUCGUGCCCUGACGCAAUGGAGAACAUCUACAUGUACAAGUGGCCAAACAUUUCUCAAAACAAGACAGAGGAGGUAUAUGCUUCCUGCAUAGUUGGACCCAAUUACUUCUGGUGUCAGUGUGCCAACACUGAAAACCUGGAUAUAGUUUCAAGAGUUGCUCAGGAGGUAGGACAGGCACAACAGGACACAAAAUUCCCCAAGACUUUGGAUAGUGGUAGUCCAUGCCUUGCUCUCUUUUACAGUGACAACAAGUGGUAUCGAGCACAGGUAAUUCAGAGAACUGGAAAUACACUUAAUGUUCUGUUUGUGGACUAUGGCAAUGAGUCUGAAGUCGACAUUAAGGAUGUGAGAACAGUGCCUCAGAGUCUGUUGGAGCUGGCUCCUCAAGCCUUUUUGUGCACUUUGAAUGGGUUUGAUGAGUCUAAGGGCUCCUGGGAUGACAGCACUUACGAUUACUUCUACAAUCUCCUGGCUGAUAAGCCUCUCAGAGUCACAGUGUUACAUAUGAAGGACAAAUCAGAGAGUGGAGUUCCUCAAUAUGCAGUGAAAACUGAGUGGGAAGAUGUGGUUGUGAAUAGCAUGAUACAGAAAUACUGGAAACCAUUUCCCACAGAACAUGGUAAGAAGGAAAUUGUGACCGAAAUUGAAAUGGCCACCUCUCUCCAAGGUAUUCAAAUUGAGUCCAACAUGGCACAACUUAAAGAAAAUGUGACUACUUCUGCCUACAAGAAGUCAAACAUUUCCAAAAACAAAGAAGAGGAGGUAUAUGCCUCUUGUAUUGUGGAACCCGGUUUCUUCUGGUGUCAGUACGCCAACACAGAGGAUCUCUGCAAAGUGGUGAGGCUUGCACAGGAAGCAGGACAGGCGGAGCAGGACGUGAUGUUCUCAGAGACUCUUAGUCCUGGCAGUCCAUGCCUUGCUCUGUUUUCCAGUGACAACCAGUGGUAUCGAGCUCAAGUCAUUCACAGGAGUAGUGAUACGUUUAAUGUUCUGUUUGUUGACUAUGGAAAUGAGUCAGAUGUUGACAUCAAGAAUGUGAGAUCAGUACCUCACAGUCUGCUGGAGCUGGCUCCUCAGGCCUUUCUGUGCUCCUUGAAUGGAUUUGAAGAGUCCAAGGGCUCCUGGGAUGACACAGUGCAUGAUUACUUCUAUAAUCUUCUGGUUGAUAAACCACUAAAAGUGUCAGUGCUCAACAUGGAAGAUUAUUCAGAGAUUGCAGUAUCUCAGUAUGCAGUGGACAUUGAGUGCCAGGGAGUAAAUGUAAAUGCAGCAAUGCAGGUAUACUGGAAACCAGUUGCCAAAGAACAUGUUAUGACCGAAAGCCCUGAAACAGAAACUUUCCUCCAAGAUGGUAAAACCGAGUCCAACAUUAAACACACUGUUUCCAAAGAAAAUGUGAGCACUUGCAUGUACAAGAAGCCAAAUAUUUCCAAAAACAAAGAAGAGGAGGUAUAUGCCUCUUGUAUUGUGGAACCCAGUUUCUUCUGGUGUCAGUACGCCAACACAGAGGAUCUCUGCAAAGUGGUGAGGCUUGCACAGGAAGCAGGACAGGCGGAGCAGGAUGUGAUGUUCUCAGAGACUCUUAGUCCUGGCAGUCCAUGCCUUGCUCUGUUUUCCAGUGACAACCAGUGGUAUCGAGCUCAAGUCAUUCACAGAAGUAACAAUACGUUUAAUGUUCUGUUUGUUGACUAUGGAAAUGAGUCAGAUGUUGACAUCAAGAAUGUGAGAUCAGUGCCUCACAGUCUGCUGGAGCUGGCUCCUCAGGCCUUUCUGUGCUCCUUGAAUGGAUUUGAAAAGUCCAAGGGCUCCUGGGAUGACAACACUUAUGAUCACUUCUAUAAUCGUCUGGUUGACAAACCACUAAAAGUGUCAGUGUUCAACAUGGAAGUUCAUUCAGAGAUUUCAUUUCCUCAGUAUGCAGUAGAAAUUGUGUGCGAGGGGGUGAAUAUAAAUGCAGCAAUGCAGGUAUACUGGAAACCAGUUGCCAAAGAACAUGUUAUGACAGAAAGCCCUGAAACAGAAACUAUCCUCCAAGAUGGUAAAACCGAGUCCAACAUUAAACACACAGUUUCCAAAGAAAAUGUGAAUACUUACAGGCACAAGAAGCCAAAUAUUUCCAAAAACAAAGAAGAGGAGGUAUAUGCCUCUUGUAUUGUGGAACCCAGUUUCUUCUGGUGUCAGUACGCCAACACAGAGGAUUUCUGCAAAGUGGUGAGGCUUGCACAAGAAGCAGGACAGGCGGAGCAGGACGUGAUGUUCUCAGAGACUCUUAGUCCUGGCAGUCCAUGCCUUGCUCUGUUUUCCAGUGACAACCAGUGGUAUCGAGCUCAAGUCAUUCGCAGGAGUAACGAUACAUUUAAUGUUCUGUUUGUUGACUAUGGAAAUGAGUCAGAUGUUGACAUCAAGAAUGUGAGAUCAGUGCCUCACAGUCUGCUGGAGCUGGCUCCUCAGGCCUUUCUGUGCUCCUUGAAUGGAUUUGAGGAGUCCAAGGGCUCCUGGGAUGACAAAGUUUACGAUGACUUCUACAACCUUCUGGUUGACAAACCACUAAAAGUGUCAGUGCUCAACAUGGAAGUUAAUUCAGAGAUUGCAUUUCCUCAGUAUGCAGUAGAAAUUGAGUGUGAAGGAGUGGUUGUGAAUACAGUGAUGGAGAAAUACUGGAAAGGAUUUCCAACAGAUCAUACCUUCGCAGAAAGUCCAGAUUCUGGUUAG